UUGAAACCCACAAAUAUCACAAAACCCUAAUUUGAUCAAUUACUUAUUCACUUCUUCGAGCUAGAACACUCGGAUUUCAGAAGCAGAAAGAGCUGCGCCGUCGCCAUGGGUCGCAUGCACAGCCGAGGAAAGGGUAUUUCCGCUUCAGCCCUUCCCUACAAGAGGACUCCUCCCUCCUGGCUCAAAAUCACCUCUGAAGAUGUUGAGGAGAAUAUCUGCAAGUUUGCGAAGAAGGGUCUCACCCCGUCGCAGAUCGGCGUGAUUCUCCGUGACUCCCAUGGAAUUGCUCAGGUGAAGAGCGUCACCGGAAGCAAGAUUCUCCGCAUUCUCAAGGGUCAUGGGCUUGCACCUGAAAUUCCUGAGGAUUUGUACCACUUGAUCAAGAAAGCAGUGGCUAUCAGGAAGCAUCUGGAGAGGAACAGGAAGGAUAAGGAUUCUAAGUUUAGGUUGAUUUUGGUUGAGAGCAGGAUUCACCGCCUUGCCCGAUACUACAAGAAGACAAAGAAGCUUCCGCCUGUCUGGAAAUACGAAUCAACCACUGCAAGCACUCUUGUGGCCUAGGCUAAAGAAUUGCAGAGAGCACAGCACAGUUUGUGCCAAUUUGUGGGCAAAUUCUGAAUUUUGGCAUGGAACAUAACUUUCAAGAAUUUUGUUCUUUGAUUUGACAAUGUUUUUCAGAUGUUGAUGACCAUUUUGGUUGAUAAUACAGUUUUGCUCUUUGAUUUCUUUUAA